GAGUGAUAAAAAUCACAACAAUCCUAUUCAAAAUUUUCAUUCUCUCUUUUCGUCGCUGGUUUCUAUCUCUGAAAAAUUAACAAACCCUAACCAUGGAGAACACAGAAAACCUCGUGAAUCGUAUCAUGCAAUUGAGAUUCACCUCGAGUUCGCUUUCACGACGAGCAAGAAAUUGCCAAAAGGAAGAGAAUGCGGAGAAACUCAAAGUAAAGAAAGCGGUCGAAAACGGUAACAUGGACUAUGCACGAAUCUACGCAGAAAACGCGAUCAGAAAACGAAAGGAGCGGAUGAAUUGCCUCGAAUUACGUAUGCGAUUGGGCGCCGUCAGUGGUAGCCUCGGUCCACAGGCGAAGACGUGGACGAUCAGUGAAGCGAUGGGAAACAUCGUGAAAUCGCUUGAAUCUUCUCUUGCGACUGGAGAUUUGCAGAAGUUGUCAGAGACGCUGUAUGUAUUUGAGAUGCAGUUUGUGAAUAUGGAUGUUCAAGCGGAGUUUAUGCAUCUCCCUAUGGCUCGAUCUACAUCGCCUUCUACACCGGAAUAUGAUGUUAACAGUGUGAUGCAAGAGGUGGCGGAUGAGUAUGGACUUGAGGUUUCCGUCGGUCUUGAGGCAUCUUGAGGAGCUUAAAGCUAGAGAGAGAUAGAGGUUAAUGUAAUGUUAAUCUUUCGAAUUAAGAAUCCACUCUUAGUUAUUAUACUAUUAUUAUUAUUAUUAUUAUUAUUAUUAUGUUUUUAUGUUUAUGCUUUUCAAGAGUGGUUUGUGUAUAUUUUUAACUGAAUUUGGCGGGUAAGAUUUAACAUUAAGAGAUAAUGUUAUGUUAUGUUGUUUGCAUUGCA